UACUUUAUUUUAAAUGUAAAUAAAAGAGUUAAAUUCAGGUUUUGUGGUGCAGGUGUAAACGCCGACAAACACCCUCACUCCGGUCUGUAGGUGUGGCUGCUCGCCGCGCCCCCUGCCGGUGAUGACCACGGACGGCACCGCCUCCUCCCUCCCUCCCUCCUUCCUCCGUCACGUGACACCAGCGGCAAGAAGCUGCAAACGGCGCUGACUGCGCGAGCCUCAUCACCAUCACCAUCAUCACAGGCAGCAACGCAACCACCGCAGCGGCAGCGUAGAGAGCCGAGCGAGCAAACCGGGGUCUUCACCGAUUCGAGGAGCCGGGCGUCAUGGCGGGCCUCCGUUAAAACCGAGACCCAGAUUUAUCCUCUUUGUUCUCCCUCGACGCCUCGUAGUCUUCACGCGCCUCCGCCGAGGAGGGGCCGCCGAGGAGAAGCUCUCCCUUUCCGAGCGGAGGAGGAGGAGGAGGAGGAGAGGAGGAGUAGUAGCAGCAGCAGCGGCGGCGGCGGCGGAGGCGGCAGCAGCAGCAGUUCAACCGGGGAGGUGUUUUCUACGGUGCAAGCCGAAUGGCGGACCGUGAGGCGUCGCCGAUACCGUUGGAGAUCCGAGCCCGGCUGGCGGAGCUGGAGCUGGAGCUGUCAGAGGGGGACAUCACUCAGAAGGGUUAUGAGAAGAAGAGGCACAAGCUGAUCAGGGCAUAUGUUCCACAUGCUGGAGGUAUGGAAGGACCCAUGUCCCAUCGGGCCCCACUCGGCCCCCCCUCUGCUGCCCGUUUCCACCGGCGGCGAACCUCCGGCACGAGGGACGAACGCUACCGAUCAGACGUCCACACCGAAGCGGUGCAGGCCGUGUUGGCGCGACACGUGGAGAGGAAGGUGGCCGUGCCGAUGCCGUCCAAAAGACGUUCGCUGGUGGUGCAGACCUCCAUGGAUGCGUACACGCCUCCAGGCCUGUCGCCCCUGUGCUCAGACUCGUCGUCGGGCUCAGAGGAGGAGGCGGGGCCAGGCGACGACAUGUCGGGCAUGGAGCACUGGAUGAGCCGCCCGUCCCAGCUAGGCCCCGCCCACCUGGGCUCCACCUCCUCCUCUUCCUCGUCCACGCAGAGCGGAGGCAGCGGCAACGCCGGGCGGCUGGCUGACUCGCUGGCGCACGCGCACAUCUCGCACCUGGCGCACACACACUUGGCGCACACACACCUGGGCCAGUUGCACCACCAGCAGAGCCACCUGUCACAGUCACACCACGGCAUCGGCCACCUGUCUCUGAAGAGGAAGGGGGCUCUGAAUGUAGCAGAGAACGGAGGGUCUCUGCGACGAUCCUGUGAAUUCGGAUCUGACAUGCUGUGGCCGCCGCCGCUGGAGUCAGACGAGAAUCACUCGGCCCCCCCGGACGUGACGGGCUACUCGUCAGACUCGUCCCACUCCCACACUGAGCGUCACCACAUGGCCAAUAUGGGAACCAUUGCCAGGAACACGCAGAAGUACGGCAACGCGGAGCGCAUGGAGACGGGCGACGGUGUUCCAGUCAGCAGUCGUGUGUCAGCUAAAAUCCAGCAGCUUGUGAACACGCUGAAGCAGCCUCGCAGACCUCCGCUACGAGAGUUCUUUGUCGAUGACUUUGACGAACUUCUGGAGGUCCAGCAGCCGGACCCUAAUCAGCCGCGGCCCGAGGGGGCGGAGAUGAUGCCGGUGCGGGGGGAGGCGCUGGGGGUGGUCACCAACUGGCCCCCGUCCCUGGAGGCGGCGCUCCAACGCUGGGGAACCAUCUCCCCAAAAGCCCCCUGCCUCACCAGCCUGGACACGGCGGGGAAGCCCCUCUACGUCCUCACAUAUGGAAAGCUGUGGUCUCGCAGCAUCAAGCUUGCCUACAACAUCCUCCACAAACUGGGCAGCAAGCAGGAGCCCAUGGUGCGACCGGGUGAUCGGGUGGCGUUGGUGUUUCCCAACAACGACCCUGUGGCCUUCAUGGUGGCCUUCUAUGGCUGUCUGCUGGCCGAGGUGGUCCCUGUUCCUAUUGAAGUCCCCCUAAGUCGCAAGGAUGCCGGCAGUCAGCAGAUUGGGUUCCUGUUGGGCAGCUGUGGCGUUACCGUGGCCCUGACCAGUGACGCCUGCCAUAAGGGUCUGCCCAAGAGUGCAACAGGCGAGAUCCCACAGUUCAAAGGUUGGCCCAAGUUGCUGUGGUUUGUGACAGAGUCGAAGCACCUUUCCAAACCUCCCAGAGACUGGUUCCCUCACAUCAAAGAUGCAAACAACGACACUGCUUACAUAGAGUAUAAAACCUGUAAGGACGGCAGCGUGCUGGGAGUCACAGUGACGAGGAUCGCUCUGCUCACACACUGCCAGGCUCUCACCCAGUCCUGCAGCUACACCGAGGCGGAGACCAUAGUGAACGUCCUAGACUUUAAGAAGGAUGUGGGCCUGUGGCACGGCAUCCUGACGAGUGUGAUGAACAUGAUGCACGUCAUCAGCGUCCCCUACUCGCUGAUGAAGGUCAACCCUCUGUCAUGGAUCCAGAAAGUGUGCCAGUACAAAGCCAAGGUGGCGUGUGUGAAGUCCAGAGACAUGCACUGGGCUCUUGUGGCCCACAAAGACCAGAAGGACAUCAACCUGAGCUCGCUGCGCAUGCUGCUGGUGGCCGACGGAUCAAACCCUUGGUCCAUCUCCUCCUGCGACGCCUUCCUCAACGUCUUUCAGACUAAAGGGCUGAGAGCCGACGUCAUCUGUCCCUGCGCCAGCUCCCCCGAGGCCCUGACAGUGGCCAUCAGGAGGCCGGUGGAGGACAGCAGCCAGCCUCCGGGUCGAGGCGUCCUGUCCAUGCAGGGUCUGACCUACGGGGUCGUCAGGGUCGACACAGAGGAACGCCUCUCAGUGCUCACCGUACAGGACGUGGGCACAGUCACACCAGGAGGCCUGGCGUGUGUGGUGAAACCAGAAGGCGUCCCUCAGCUCUGCCAGACAGAUGAGAUCGGUGAACUCUGCGUCUGCUCCGUCGCAUCCGGCACCUCCUACUACGGCCUCACCGGCAUGACCAAGAACACCUUUGAGGUUUACCCGGUGAGCGCCAGCGGGGGGCUGAUCAGCGAGUACGCCUUCGUGCGGACGGGCCUGCUGGGCUUCAUCGGCCCCGGCGGCCUCAUCUUCAUCACGGGCAAGAUGGACGGACUCAUCAUGGUGAGCGGGCGGAGGCACAACGCCGACGACAUCGUCGCAACGGCGUUGGCGGUGGAGCCGAUGAAAUUCGUGUACAGGGGCAGGAUAGCGGUGUUCUCUGUGACGGUGCUGAGGGACGAGAGGAUCGUGGUGGUGGCCGAGCAGAGGCCCGACUCCACGGAGGAGGACAGCUUCCAGUGGAUGAGCCGCGUGCUGCAGGCCAUCGACAGUAUCCAUGGGGUGGGUGUGUUCUGCCUGGCUCUGGUCCCGGCCAACACUCUGCCCAAGACUCCUCUGGGCGGCAUCCACCUGUCAGAGAUCAAGCAGCUGUACCUGGAGGGGGGGCUGCACCCCUGCAACGUCCUCAUGUGCCCCCACACCUGCGUCACCAACCUGCCCAAACCACGGCAGAAACAACCAGAGAUCGGACCUGCCUCUGUGAUGGUGGGGAAUCUGGUGUCAGGGAAGAGGAUCGCUCAGGCCAGCGGCAGAGAUUUGGGACAGACUGACGACAACGACCAGUUCCUGUUCCUGUCAGAGGUUUUGCAGUGGAGAGCUCAGACCACACCAGACCACGUCCUCUACACCCUGCUCAGCUCCCGGGGGGCGGUGUCCAGCUCCCUCACCUGCCUGCAGCUCCACAAGAGGGCGGAGCGAGUGGCGGCUCUGCUGAUGGAGAGAGGAGGUCUGCAGGAAGGAGACCACGUCGCUCUGGUCUACCCACCAGGUAUAGACCUGAUUGCAGCCUUCUACGGAAGCCUGUACGCCGGCUGCGUUCCCAUCACGGUGCGGCCGCCUCACCCUCAGAACAUCUCCACCACCCUGCCCACCGUCAAGAUGAUCGUCGAGGUCAGUCACUCGGCCUGCGUGAUGACCACGGCGGUCAUCUGUAAACUGCUGCGCUCCAAGGAAGCCACGGCCACCGUGGACAUCAGGAACUGGCCGCCCGUCCUCGACACUGAUGACCUGCCAAAGAAGAAGCCUCCAGCGCUCCAUAAGCCCACCAACCCUGACGGCCUGGCCUAUCUGGACUUCAGUGUGUCGACGACCGGGAUGCUGGCCGGAGUUCAGAUGUCCCAUAAUGCCGUUGGAGCCUUCUGUCGGUCGGUAAAGCUGCAGUGUGAGUUGUACCCGUCCAGAGAAGUGGCCAUCUGUUUGGAUCCCUACUGCGGCCUCGGCUUUGUCCUCUGGUGUCUCUGCAGCGUGUAUUCAGGACACCAGUCCAUCCUGAUUCCUCCGGUGGAGCUGGAGUCCAACCCGGCGCUGUGGCUGCUGGCCGUCAGCCAGCUGAGGGUGCGAGACACCUUCUGCUCCUACAGCGUCAUGGAGCUCUGCACCAAAGGACUCGGCCUGCAGACCGAGGCGCUCAAGGCCCGGGGUCUGGAUCUGUCCCGGGUUCGGGCCUGUGUCGUGGUGGCGGAGGAGAGGCCCAGGAUGUCGCUCACACACUCCUUCUCGAAGCUCUUCAAAGACCUCGGCCUUCACCCACGAUCUGUCAGCACGGCCUUCGGCUGCAGGGUCAACCUGGCCAUCUGCCUGCAGGGCACUUCAGGACCGGACCCCACUACUGUGUACGUGGACAUGAGAGCUCUGCGACACGACAGGGUUCGGUUGGUGGAGAGGGGCUCUCCUCACAGUCUGCCAUUAAUGGAGUCUGGCAAGAUCCUACCCGGAGUUCGUAUCAUCAUCGCCAACCCAGAGACCAAAGGGCCGCUGGGAGACUCUCACCUCGGAGAGAUCUGGGUGCACAGCGCUCAUAACGGCAGCGGCUACUACAGCGGUUACGGCGAGGAGGUUCUCCAGUCCGAUCACUUCAACUCUAGACUCAGUUUUGGAGACACUCAGACAGUCUGGGCCAGGACGGGGUACCUGGGCUUCCUCCGCCGCACCGAGCUCACUGACGCCAACGGAGAGAGACACGACGCUCUGUUCGUGGUGGGAGCUCUGGAGGAGGCCAUGGAGCUGAGGGGAAUGAGGUACCAUCCCAUCGACAUCGAGACCUCCGUCAUCCGCGCCCACAAGAGCAUCAUGGAGUGUGCGGUGUUUCCCUGGACCAACCUGCUGGUGGUGGUGGUGGAGCUGGAGGGCUCCGAGCAGGAGGCCCUGGACCUGGUUCCCAUGGUGACCAAGGCGGUGCUGGAGGAGCACUACCUGAUCGUGGGCGUCGUUGUGGUGACGGACAUCGGCGUCAUCCCCAUCAACUCCCGCGGCGAGAAGCAGCGCAUGCACCUCCGCGACGGCUUCCUACAAGACCAGCUAGACCCCAUCUACGUGGCCUACAACAUGUAGCCUGAGUGUGUGUGUGUGUGUGUGUGUGUGUGUGUGUGUGUGUGAGAGAGAGAGAGGGAGAGAGAGCAAGCAUGCGUUUGUAUGCCGUGAAUAUCGCCGUUGUUGUUCAUUUAUUUCCCAAAAUCAAGAUGUACUGUAUUUUUGAACCUGCAUAUGGUGUGGUCUUAAAUCGUCCGUUUUCUUUAAAGUCGUGUUGUGCCGGUUGGUUGGUUGAUUGGCUGAUUGGUCGAUCGAUUGAUUGCUCAGUGGUAGUAUGAUCAUUUUUACACCCCCCGUUCGAUUUCGUGACCGUUAACCACGAGCUUGUCACUGUAGAAAGCCUUAGGGGGAACACUGUGUACGGGGCGGACGCUCCGGUCGUCACGCCGCGUCUCGUUUUUUUUCUGAGGUUUUAGGAGGUAAAAGUAGAGAGAGAGAGAGAGAGAGAAAUACUAGAGACUGUACCUGUCAUCAUGUUUUACUGGUCGAAUCAACAAAAAAACAGACUUGUGGUAUUUCAAUUAGAACAGGGGCAGCCAGAUUAUUGUAAAAAUAUAAAUAUUGUACAUAGACAUAAUAAUCUAUAUGGAGAGGUACCUAAAACACGAUGAGGUAUAGUAGCCCCUAUAUGCAGCUCUCUCCACCUGCACCCUGUGUGAGUGUGUGUGCGUGUGCAGAGUGUGUGUUAAUGCAUUUUACAUAGUUUAAAUGUGAUUCAUGCAACAGAUUUUAACCUUAGACGAACAAAUAAGAAACUGUUCUUUUUUUUUUUUUUUAUGGAGACUAGAAACCGUAAAAGUUAAAUCAGUUUAAACUGAAAACAUAACAAAACAACAACUAUAUGUGUUUUCAGUGUCCAAAGUUUUAGUGGCUCAGAGAAAAAAAAAACACACACACACGUUGAUUCAUCUUUUUCUGAAUCUAGUUAAACGGGCUUUAUCUCACUUGAAGUUUCUGACCACUGAACUAUUUUUAACACGCAAACGUUAAGUGCAAUGUCUGUCAAUAAAGUAACAUGCACAGUAGUCAUCUUUCAUCGUACCAGUCGAGCUAUUUUUCAGUCAGCUUAUUAAACGGCUUUCUGUCUUCAAAGCAUCCAAAGCAUCUGGUCGAGCAAAGUGCACUGUGUGAAUAUAAAAGAGGGAAUAUUGUUAAUAUUUAAAAGGGAGUUUAUGGAAACAGCCUUUAGUUUACUUUAAUCAGAGAGCGAAAAGACAAGCAGAUGUGACAGUGUGGAGGAUAAAACGCAGCUAAACAUGCAUGUAAAUGCUGAUUAACUGCGACCACAUCUGGAGGCUGUCGGGGAGGAAAAGUGAACUGUAGACAAAGUUUACAUGUGAAAGCUCAUAAUGUAGCAAUAACGCCCGGAAAGGACGUUCUUCACUGCAGGGAGUCGAGUUUAUGGUAUGAUGUCAGAGCAUAAACUCUCACAUUCGUUAGAUAUUUUCUUUUGGCACAUAUUUUCAAGUGAGCAUCAGAUGUUAUUACCCCCUUUUUUUUUUCUCGGGUCCCUGCAGACGAACUCCAGACUGUGAGUUCAAACCGUCUGGCUGUUCAGCUUUCUGUAGGUUUGUUUGGUUUCUUCACCUCCAGAUGAGAUUUGCUGCCGAACUAAUCGAUGUAUCUCAGAAAAGCCGCAGGAUUGACUCUGUUUUCCAUUUUCAGGAUCAGUCUGUGCUGCGAAUAUUUACACCAAACUUGGCUUUUAUUUUAUGUCAAUUUGUAACCGAAAGGAUUUGGAAGGAGGAGUCUCUGAUUAUGAAACGAAGAAGCAAAGUCGCAGCAUCGAUUUGUGCCGUCGCUGAUCAAAAAUAAAAGUAUCUGCUCAGUGUUUGUUUCCUGAAAAUAAAAAGCUAUUGUUUUGUGUUAUCAGUUCAAUCGGUUUAAACAGAAAGUCGAUUUGUUAAAAUAUUAUUUGGCACUUAUAUGAAAGAACUCGAGCAGCAGCUGAGCACUGACUCCUUUAACACUACAGCUGCUAGCAGCACUACGAAAGGUUAAAUAUGGAUCCACAGAUCAGACUCAUCUUCGUGGUCAUCGGUUAAAGAAACUAUAAAUGUGACGUCUCAAUUCAGAUCGUUUUCAUUUAGUUAGACCACCCUGAAAAGACGGGAUGGCAUCUCUGUAGCAGACCAGUCAACACGCUUCUUUAUCUGAAUAUUUAGAGUUUCACACAUUAGGGUAAGUGUUAAAUGAACAUCUAACUCACUGUGGGAGAAUAAAAAUGCUAAACGCAACCAUCUGGCAACUGAGAUGUUGCUUUUAUCGCCUCACAGUUAGCACAUGUUGUCUUCACACCAAACCUAAGCAAAGAAACAGCUUCUUUUGGGUUGUUUUGGACAGGAAUCCUCAGUGAAGAACGUCCUCUGGGCUUUGGUACAACAGUUACCACCUUAUGUGCACUGCCUCAGACGUGAGGAUACGUAUGAUUACAGAUUAAUAUUAAGCUAAAAUAUCCGUUUAUCCCCAGACGAGGUGCCGUAAUCCACACCUGCUGGCUAGCUCUGAAUUAUGGGAAUAAUCAGCUCUGUUGGGAGCCGUCGUUUCCGGGACUCUGCCGAGUAUCAACGGUAUUUAGAAUAAUUCAGCAUCGGUUGUUUGCAUCCACGUGGAUGAAUAAUGAAUAAUCAUCUCAUCGUUCUUCAUCUUUGUUUCACUCCCUCGUCUUUGUAUCAGAAGAAAAAGAAAAACUUUAUGCAUAUCAGAAGUUGCUUAGUUGCUUUGUUUGGCUAACAUAGCAUUUUUGGUUUUGUUGGUAGCAGCGUAGCGUCAUGUUUCAGUCGCUGUGUGUGUGUGUGUGUGUGUGUGAGUGUGAGGUGGAGGAUGUUCGUUAAGAAGGAAACCCCAUCAGAAACCCGGAGGACUCGUCUGUGUGUGUUCAGGCCUGGAUGGGAGAGAGACUGCAUGGUGUGCGUAUGCGCGCACGUAUGUGUGUGUGUGUGUGUGUGUGUUAGGUGUGUGUAUAUUGUAUGUAAAUAGUGUUGAUUUUGUACGGUACAGGUGUGUGUGACUUGUUUUGUACACAUGAUAAAAAGAUUAAAUGACACUUUUAUAAGAGCCUGCUAUUGGCUCACCGUCACACUAUACAGUGCAAUAAAGUGCUUUGAUUGGCUAAAACUCA